AUGCUGGGAGCAGUAAAGGCGGGAGUGUGUAUGACCAUCAUGACGGUGGUUUGGGGUGUACAUACACCUCAAGUCUUAGCUGUGGGGCCCCAGCAGCAGCAGCAAGCAGCAUUUCUUGCAUCACCUGCUGCAGCAGCAGCAGCAGCAUGGGGUUCUUCUCCUCAAUACACGUUGCGGUGCAGCAGACAGCAGCAACCCCUGCAGCUACUUCAGCAGCAACAGCAACAGCUACAACAGCAGCAGCAGCAGCAGCAGCAGCAGCUAGCAGCAACAAGAAAACCCUUUGUUGGAGGUAAUUGGAAAUGUAAUGGAGAUACAAAAGGAAUAGAAAAAAUAUUAGAAAUGUUAAAUGAUGCACCACAAGAGGUUAAUGAUAUUGAGGUAGUGGUAGCUCCUCCGUCGUUGCAUGCAGGGUUUGUAUUGAGGGGUUUACAACGACCAUUUAAGGUUGCAGCACAAGAUUCAUCAUUAGUUGAAUCUUUUGGGGCUUUUACAGGAGAAUUAGCACCACAAAUGAUGAAGGAUUUUGGCAUCAAGACAGUCAUUGUUGGUCAUAGCGAAAGGCGCGCAGGAUUCGGCAACCAGCCAGGGGAGAGCAACGAGGUUGUAGCGGCCAAGGCAAAGAAUGCAAUUAAGAACGGCUUGCAGGUCAUCGCUUGUAUCGGAGAAAGUCUCGAGACGAGACAAAGUGGCAAAACGAUGGAAUUUAUAGGAGAACAAUUAAAAGCCUACGCCUCUGCCUUAUCCCCAACAGAUUGGGGUUUAGUAGUGUUAGCUUAUGAGCCAAUUUGGGCAAUUGGCACAGGACAGACAGCAACCCCAGAUAUGGCUCAGCAGACCCAUAAAGAGAUCCGCCAAUGGUUAAGAAAAAAUGUUGGCCAACAAAUAGCUGAGGAUAUUCGCAUCAUCUAUGGAGGCUCCGUUAAGGGAUCUAAUGCUAAGGAAUUAUUUGGUGGUGAGGACAUUGAUGGUUUCUUAGUUGGCGGGGCAUCAUUAACAUCAGACUUUCAUGCUAUUCUUAAGGCAGCUAAAAACCCUAAACCCUAA